AUGGCGCAAGCGCUCGCAAUCCCCGGCCAGCUGUUGGGAUCGGCGGAUCAGUACGUCGCGGGCGCGGGCACGCAUAUCCACGACUCGAACCUGUACGCCUCCGUCCUGGGCACUGUGAACGUCGUCGGCGCGCAGGCGCAGGCGCAGCAGCAGCAACAACAACAGCAGCAACAGCAGGUACAAGGGCCCCAGAAGCGACUGACUAGGAUCACGGCCUUGGCUCAGGGACGAAACGAGGACGGCACCAACAACAACAAUAACAGUAGCGGUGGGAAGGCCACGAUCUCGGUGUCCCGGUCCGGCGUGGCGGAGAAGCGCGAGGUGCUCCCGGAGGUGGGAAACGCGGUUCUGUGCCGCGUGACGCGCAUCACGCCGAAGCACGCCAACGUCGCGAUACUGGUCGUCGGCGACACGGUGCUGGAGGCGGAGUGGGCGGGCAUGAUCCGCGUCCAGGACGUCCGGGCCACGGAGAAGGACCGCGUCAAGAUAUACGAGAGCUUCCGGCCGGGGGAUAUCGUGCGGGCGCAGGUGAUCUCGUUAGGUGACCAGGCGAAUUAUUACCUCUCAACCGCGAGCAACGAACUUGGCGUCAUCAUGGCUACGAGCGAGGCAGGGAAUACGAUGUACCCCGUCAGCUGGAAGGAGUACAAGGACCCGGAAACUGGUCUUAGCGAGCCUCGGAAGGUUGCUAAGCCAUUCUGA